AUGGCCCUCUUCACCAAGAAUAAGAUGAUGUUCGUCGAUGGCACCCUUCCGCGUCCAACUUCUCUGCCUGCUGUAGUUCAGACUUGGGAUCGAUGCAACUUCAUGGUGCUUUCUUGGCUUUUGAACGUGCUCAAUCGCACUAUUGCCGACAACAUGAUCUAUGCUGAAAUGGCUUCUUCUGUCUGGACUGAUCUUGAAGAACAUUUUUCACGAAGCAAUGCGCCUCGUAUCUUUCACCUCAAACGUUCCAUCGCAACCGUUCAACAGGGAACUGAUUCCCUCUCUACCUACUUCACACGGCUGAAGGUUUUAUGGGGCAAAUUAGCCUCUUAUGUGGCUGUUACUUAG